AUGUUGUCACAGCAACGCCCUUCUCACUCAACAGGCUCUAUCUUGAAGACCUCACUGACUGUUAUCAGACCGUUGUAUCGACAUCUUGACACGAUGCUUGUCACCCUUCCUAACGAGAUCCUCCAUACAAUCUUCAAUUCUUUUGCGACAUCACCCAAACUAAUCCACGCCGAUGAUGAUGACAACAACUACUACUACCAUCUCGACAACUGGACGACCCUCGCGCAUCUAUGCAGAGUCUCGCGACGGAUAAGAUAUAUCGCGGAACCUUUGCUCUACCGCAACUAUUCGAAACGCAGUACCAUAUGGCAUCCUCAUGAGCACUCCCUCCGGAUAUUCCUCACCACACUAUUCGAACGCCCGGAACUUCUGCAACAUGUUCGCUCGUUAUAUAUUGGCGCGUGGAGCCAGCAGUGUCUUACUUGUCUCACACUGAAAAAGAAAAAGAAGAUGCCAUGUUCGAGUGGACUGUACAGUAUCUAUAGUGAGCACGUAAGAUCAUCUGCACUUGAUGACGGCUGGAGAGAGGCACUUAAAGCUGGUGAAGAAGCCGCAGAGAUUGCACUACUGAUGAGUCUGACCCCCAAUCUAGAGCACAUCGAGUUUCACAUGUCCGAUAUGCGCUCUCCAGAGAUUUAUAUUCCUCAAUAUUUCUGGCCCGGCCUGCUCGUUGCCUCAGCGGGAUGGGAUCCUGCUUGUCAUUUCCGCCGACUCCGCUCUGUGAUGGUACACAGAAGACACUUGGGGUUUGAUUAUCGAGAGAAAGAAUGGUAUGGUUACAAUUACUCGGUCGGUUCAUAUUUCGUUUUCGAGAUCGAUCCGUUCUUGACAUUUGUUGGAUUGCCAAGUUUGAGAGUCCUUCAGAUCGAGAACAAGAAUUGGACCCCUUGGCGAUCACGCCCAGAAGUUUACCCUCUCAAUGACGAAGAGUCACACUUAUCUGAUCUGACACUCGACUUCUCUGUCGUCAAUCCGAUGAAGAUAAUACAAAUUCUCGAGCGCUGUACCAAGCUAGAAGCACUUCAUUUGGAGCAGCACAGUACAAUUCUUGCUGGCUGUCCGGAAUACACUUGGAAAACCAUCAGAGAGGCUUUGAACAAUAGUCGUGGUACUCUCCAGGAACUCACAUUGGACGCUAAAGUGUUUUUCAGGAAGUCCGACUCGAUCGGGUCACUUACAGGUUUCGCUUCACUUAGGAAGCUUGUUAUCUCGCAGUCCGCCUUCCUGAAAUUCAAGCCUUCGGAAGAAUACACCACUCUGGGAGUUUCACCACCUUUGGAGGAGAUUUUACCAUGUAGCCUCGAGAGUCUCACCAUCAAAGAUUGUUUUGGAAACCUCGUUCCCUACUUGGAAGAUUUGUCGAUCAAGCUCGAAGACAAGUUUCCGCACCUCCGAGAGAUAAGGCUGAUUGAUGCGACUGAUGACCGAUCGGAGGUGUCCGAGGAUUCAGAUGACGAUUUGGAGAUUUUAGCCAAGAGUCCGCACCGCAUGGAUUGUCUGAAGGAAGCAUUUAGCACAGCAGGUGUAAGAUAUUUGCAAGCUUGA